UUCCAGCGUCACCAAGUCAACUUCAUACAUGCCCUCCCAAGACUGCUCCAACUGCACCCUUUGCCGCCUAAACCAACUCUACAUCCUCAACCACAACUCCAAAAAUUACAACAAACCCACCAAAUCCAACCUUCCUCAAUCACCCACCCAAGCCAUGUCUCCCUCCACUUCCCAAUCCCACCCCUCCCUCCGCCUCCUCACAGCCCUCUCCCUCCCCUUCUCCUUCGCCUUCAUCCUCCCCUUCGCAAUCCUCGACAACGCCCUCAUCCUCAUCGGCCUCAUCCCACUCUCCAUCUCCGCCCUCCUCUCCAUCAUCCACCACCGCCGCGACACCCGCUCCCCCUCCAUCCGCUUCGACAAGAAAUCACACUGGAGUUGCCUCGGCGUGACCUCCACGCUGGUGGAGAUGUUGCUGCCGGUUGUGUAUCUGGUGUGUCUGGUGCCGAUAUGGAUGAAGCUGGGAAGAAGCUGGAGGAGCACGAUGGUGUUGGUCGGGACGUAUGGGACUGUGGGUAUGGUGGCGAAUAUGUUGAUUCACACAUACAUUACCCUCCGCGCCAUCCCUUGGGCUCGCUUUGGUUUGGGAACGACUUGUCCGGAGUGCCGCGCGAAAUCGCAGACGCAGCAGAGAGCGGCGCCGAUGGCAGAGAGGAGUGGUGGGAUGUAUCAGAAGCCGGGAGCGGCUACGAAGACGAGGGCCGUCGAUGCGAGGGAUGGGGACGAGGAGGACAGCCCUGGUGUUGAGUAUGAUGAUGCGAGGAGCGAUGUUGAUGAUGAGACCGCGAGGUUGUCUCAAGACGACUCGGUCAUGACCACAGUCGACAUCAGCAUCAUCGUCAAGAGAGGGAGCCCACUCGACUACCCGCAAUAUCGCCACACCGCACUCUGGCUCUGCUUCGCCGACAUAUCACCUUCUCUCGUCGUGCAUGUCGUCGGGCCGUCAGGCGACUAUCAAUUUGAGAGCAGGGAAAGUGAUCAACCCUGGGAGGAAGAAGGUCACGCCAAACUUGUCGACGUGGGAACGCUGGCCGGGCCUGCGACUGCAGCUCACAUCGUGAAUCAGCUCCGCAGCGUUCCGAUCCGCAAUAGCGAUCCGGAGUUCAACUGUCAGACAUGGGUUGAACGUGCUCUGAAGAAGUUCAACGAUGAGGCCCAGUUAUCCACGGAGUCGUAUGAGAAGGGUAUCGACGGCAUGGUUGAUGCAAUCGCGGAAGCGGAAGACGUGGAGGAGUAA